CACCAGCGCUACGGUCAGAGGAGCACAUCAGGCUCUGGGAUACAAAAACAACAGCAGAUAUUUGACAAGAGGGUUUAAGAACCAAGCAGCUGUCAAUCCCUCUGUGCACUCACGUAUAUAAGUGAUGGCUUCCUCAUGCAGAGCACAGCUGCUUCAGGAGCAACAGAGGUACAAGGUAGGUCUCUGGUCUCACGGAUCAGCAACUUUAUUCUACAUGUGUCAAUUUAUCACGCAUGAAAUGAAGUAAAUCAGGUACAACUUUACACCGGACAUAUCACCAAUACAUCAGGCAUCAUAUCGUGUCUACGGAGGUCGAGGUGGUGGCUGCUGGGUAGUCUAUCAAUCAUAAAUGUAUAAAUAACCAAAUAUUUGAUGUUCUGAACGUGCUCUAACUAUUGAUAAUAGACAAUGGAGUUCUCAAAGAUGUAUUUGCAUUUCAUGUGUGUGUGUGUGUGUACAUUCAGCCUCUGGCUAUCCCCUUCAUGUGAGUGUGAAUCGCUCCUCAGGAUGACGUCUCUCCUCGUGGUCUUCGUCGUGCUGGCGGCUCUCGGACAGACGCGUGGCCUUCUGGUUAAUAUUGCUAAAGGAGGAACAGUGACUCAGUCCUCGGUGGUGUGGGCCGGCGUUCCCGAAAGGGCCGUCGAUGUAAGACGUUUUAACAUCUAUAGACAAAGAUCCUGCACCCAUACCCGCCGUGAGGCCGGUCCGUGGUGGAGGCUGGACCUCCAGAAGACGUUCUCCAUCAGCACCGUCACCGUCACCAACAGAAGAGAUUGUUGCCACGGGAGGAUCGACCGCGCUGAGAUCCACAUCGGGGACUCGCUCCAGGACCACGGCAACGGGAAUCCAAGGUGUGCCGUCAUCUCGUCGCUGCCAGCAGGGGGCAGCGUGACCUUCGAGUGUAAGGGGAUGGAAGGCCGCUACGUCAACAUCGUGAUUCCUGGGCGGCGUAAGAUCCUGACCCUGUGUGAGGUGGAGGUCACCGGGACAGAAGCAAGUCCCGAUGUCUGUGGCUGAACUCUUCGUCAAGUCCUCCCAACAUCUGAGUGUCUCUGCUCCUCUUCAUCAGUCACAUGGUGG